CCCGGAGAGCUGGGCGCAGUGGGGGUUAAGGAUGGUGCCCAGCCUACGUCCUGCCCUCCUCCUCCUCCUCCUCCUGCAGGCGUUUCUCCUCUGGGAUAGCCCAGUUGCAGCCUCCAUCCAAGAGCAGUACUGCGAGAGCCUGCCGCCUGUCACAAACCACACGGGUCCCCAGUGCAACGCCUCAGUAGACCUGAUCGGCACGUGCUGGCCCCGGAGUGCAGUGGGACAGCUGGUAGCUCGCCCCUGCCCUGAAUAUUUCUAUGGCGUGCGGUACAACACCACGAAUAAUGGCUACAGGGAGUGCCUCGCUAACGGGAGCUGGGCAGCGCGGGUCAACUAUUCCCAGUGCCAGGAGAUCCUCAGCGAAGAGAAGAAGAGCAAGCUGCACUACCACAUUGCUGUCAUCAUCAACUACCUGGGGCACUGCGUCUCGCUGGGGGCCCUCCUCGUGGCCUUCGUCCUCUUCAUGCGCCUGCGGAGCAUCCGGUGCCUGAGGAACAUCAUCCACUGGAACCUGAUCACAGCCUUCAUCCUACGCAAUGCCACGUGGUUCGUGGUGCAGCUCACGAUGAACCCCGAGGUGCACGAGAGCAAUGUGGUCUGGUGCCGCUUGGUCACUGCCGCCUACAACUACUUCCACGUCACCAACUUUUUCUGGAUGUUCGGCGAGGGCUGCUACCUGCACACGGCCAUCGUGCUCACCUACUCCACAGACAAGCUCCGCAAGUGGAUGUUCAUCUGCAUCGGCUGGUGUAUCCCCUUUCCCAUCAUCGUCGCCUGGGCCAUUGGGAAGCUGUACUACGACAACGAAAAGUGCUGGUUUGGGAAGCGAGCGGGAGUUUAUACCGACUACAUUUACCAAGGCCCCAUGAUCUUGGUGCUUCUGAUCAACUUCAUCUUUCUGUUCAACAUCGUCCGAAUCCUCAUGACAAAGCUCCGAGCUUCAACCACAUCAGAGACAAUCCAGUACAGGAAAGCAGUCAAGGCCACGCUGGUGCUGCUGCCCUUGCUGGGAAUCACCUACAUGCUCUUCUUUGUCAACCCAGGGGAGGAUGAGAUCUCCAGGAUAGUCUUCAUCUACUUCAACUCCUUUCUGGAGUCCUUCCAGGGUUUCUUCGUCUCUGUCUUCUACUGCUUCCUGAACAGCGAGGUCCGAUCAGCUGUACGGAAGCGGUGGCACCGAUGGCAGGACAAGCACUCCAUCCGUGCCCGCGUGGCUCGGGCCAUGUCCAUCCCCACCUCCCCGACCCGUGUCAGCUUCCACAGCAUCAAGCAGUCCACGGCUGUCUGAGCCGGGAGCGAGCUGCCGUACGG